AUGAAAAGAAUGGAGGAUAAAAGGUUACGAGUUUCUUCACCGAACCGUCCUUCGUCAAAUCAAUCCCUGAGAAGCAUUUCGGAAGAUUUAUCUUCCUCACCAAAAAAACAGGGAAAUAUUGUCUUUAAACAAUUCGAUAAACAAGUAGAAAACAAACUGACAGAAAUGGCAACUCAUAAACUCACUUACGGUUUGAACAAUGUGCAACUGGUGAGAUUUAGCACAGAUUUAGGGUUGUUAUUUUUGAAAUCCAAUGCGCUGAAUAGUUCCACUUUUCAUCUUUCUGAUGCAUUGAGUCAUCUCACAAAAUUAAUUACCGAGUUGGGGUAUGAAGAAUUAUGUCAACGAGAUCAUUCUAGAGACCCUUUGACAAUUUUUGGACCAAUAACAUAUUCUUCUCAACAACUAUCUCCUAUUAAGCAUGAAAAAUACUCUCAUGACAAGAAGGUAAAAGAAUUUACGGAACAAUGUAAAAACUUAAGUAAUGUUAUUCUGAACGGCCUUGCAAUGACUCAAUUCAAACUGGGAAAUUUCGACACGUCCGAAACCAUUUUGCAAAAGCUGCAACAAAAACUGCAAGAACGAGGAAUAAUGCAUCGUGAUUGCAUAUUCGUUGCUAACGUGAUGUUGUGCCUUCUUUAUAUCAAAACCAAUAAGCCUUCCCUACUUGAAGAAAGGCUUCAAGAAACUGAACGAGACCUUAAUUCCGUUGUGCCCACUGCAAUGGAGACUCGCUGCCAUUCCGAAAAAAAGAAAAUGAUUUUCUAUUUGAAAUUCAAGAAUUCUCUCAAAUCGAAUAAUAUCGAGGCAUGUAUUGACAUGAUCGUCGAGAUGUUGAAUCUGUGUGAGCAAGAAGAAAACGAUGACAAAAUUUUGUACCUUUUCAAGCUUCUAGUGUCUCUUUCCUCUCGGUAUAGUGUUAGACUGGUAGAAACCGUUUCUGUCAUGGACAAGUACGUUCCCUUACUUUCUGGGUUCCCAUUUGAUUCACAGCUUCCCAAAAUCCACAAAAAACUUCUCUAUUCAAUACUAAUCCAAAGUAGUGUGAUCUACGUAAAGCUUUGCAAGUAUGACUCUGCCUACACUGUACUGAUUAAUCUGUAUAAUCAUUUGAUGGCAGACGCUAAUUCUCCAGAGAAUGGAAUUGCGUCUCUGGAUUUUAUUACUGUACAAGAACACGGUGACUUUCUGAGAAAAUUGGGAACAGUAUGUCUAGGUAUGAACAAGUCAGAGGAAGGAAUAUCUUGGUUUAAAAAGGCCGUCGUUUUGUAUGCCUCUCAGCUAGGAAAAUCUCAUCCACUAACCAAGUCCUCUAUUCAAAGAACUGCUGAAUUGAUUUUUCACUUCAGCAAUGAAAAAUAA